AUGGAUAUUAACGCAUCUUCCAAACAGAUAAGUACAGGUAAGGGCGCAGGAAUGGAGACGAUGAGAGAGGAAACUCAGCGAAGGCUACAUCGCAGGCAGACGACUCUGGACUCCAUGCCACCGCCACACAUCGGUCCAGACGGUUUUCCCAUCUACAUGGAGCCUCCGCACUCCGAUGCACCCGACGUGGGCAUGAAGGUGAACAUACUGACGCGUCUUGUGCACAUUCUCAUGUGCCGAUGUACAAAGCGCUACUACACGGCGUGGAUGUGUUCCCUUGGCUUCCUAAUCACCUUCGGCAUCCGCUGCAACAUGAGUUGGGUAACACUUGCCAUGGAGCAUCACGCUCACCUGGAGUCCGCCGCGAUCUCUAAGAUAGCUGAAAACAUCACCCUCACCACGGUGAGUCCUUGCUCACUCACCAUUCUCCACACGAUCGUCCAUCUUAUGCCAACCUAUUAA